AUGUCACUGUUGAUGCAAGAAUGCGACACGCUCACCGAAAAUGACUGGAGCCCCCCCGGAGGCUCGCCCGCCACCAGCCUGGUGGGCUCCGGCCGCGCCUGCGCCCGCUGCCGCGCGCCGCUGGGCCGCCUGGUGAACCGCGGCGCGCCCUGCAGGGCCUGCCGGCUGCUCGUCUGCCGCGCCUGCAGGCACUACCUCGAGCGCUCCCCGGACUGGGUCUGCUCCGUCUGCCACAAGCACAUGGAGAUCCAGGCGGCGACGGGCGAGUGGAUGAACGAGUACGUGCGGCGGCCCAGCAGGAGGAGGGACAACCGCGUCUACGUGCCGCCCGCAGACGUCGUCAAGCGCAGCAUCCGCCGCUCCUGGACCAUCUCCAAUCCGUCAUCGAGGUGGUCAGCAACUCGAGACUCUCCGGAACUGAGAGCGUACAACAGUCUUCCGCGCCACCAAGAAUGCUGCUACACUUCGCUAAACCACGUACCGAGGGACAAGUCGCCGUCGUAUCCGAGGGAUGAGAGCGGCCCCUGCGGAUCUCCGCGUUCCCGCGACAGCCAGCAGUCCCAGUCCCAAAAGUACAGCCUCCCAGACGACGAAGAUACGACCGAUCGAUCCCCGACCAGAUCGCCGCCGGUAGCGGACGUAGAGGACCGCCCUGCGGCGGCGGCGACGACGAGCGAAACAGCCGAGCAGAGUCCACCGGCCGGCACGUUCAGAGACAGGAUGUCCAACUCGCCCGCGCUCAGCGCCCGGGUCCGCAGGCAGCAGUACUUCAGCUCCAGGAGCGACGACGACGCCGAGUUCCAGAGCAGGUACCUGCAGAACCACGUCCUGAAGCACCACCGCGCCGACGUCGGCCGCCAGAAGUCGGACGACUACGUCGCGGGCAGCGCCCCGGAGGACAAGUCGUCCUCGCCGGGCAGCAGCCCCAGCGUCCAGGAGAGUAGGCUGGCUGCCGUACGCGACCUCAGGGACGUCACGUCGUCGUCGACGAGCCACAGCAGUCGCGAGGUGUCGCCGCUCACCAGGAGGCACCAGAGCUUCGACGUGGUGGACAGGCCCCAGUCGAGGACCGUGUCGCUGCUGCAGCACCGGCACUCCUCCGUGGACCGCGGCGGCGAGGCGGCCGCCCCCGCGUCGCCCCACCGGCGCUACUUCCUCGUCGGGCAGGACGCGCCCGCUUCGGCGGCCCACUCGAGGCACUCGCUGCUCGGCCGCGAGUCGGUGCUGCCGCCGCCGCCCCACCGCCGCCCCCUGCUCACCAGGGACUACGUGUCGUCGACCCUCGAGUACAGCGGCAACAGCGACAGCGGCGGCGAGAUCGUGGCGACGCCACCCCCGCACGGCCGCCGCUACGGCGGCGCCAGGGACGACACCUCGUCGCUGUCCUCGCACAAGGCUGACGGUUCGCCGGUGCACGCCAGCUCGGGCGACGAUUUCGACGUCGAGCCGAUAAGUGGGACGGUCUUCCGUAAAGUGACUGUCAAGAAGAGAAGGCAGGAGACUCGUAGGGUGCUCGACAACGGUCGGUUCUCGCGGCGCAGCAGCUCGCGCGUGGUGGAGAGCGUCAGGGUGACGGAGGUGAGCAGCGACUACUGCGGCGUCGGCCGCUACCACCACCGGCACCACCAGCACCACCAUCACCACCACCACCACGAGCCGCUGCUGCUGGCGCCGCCGGACGUGGACGACUACAAGCUGGUCUUCAUCAGCUCCGACUCGUCGUCCAGCAAGGAGGACGACGACGAGGAGGAGGAGGAAGACGCGGCGGACGAGGACACGGAGAGCAGCAGCUCGGCCGGCUGCGACUGGGACUACUUCGAGCAGGGCUGCUGCGGCGAGCGCGCCGUCGAGGAGGUGACGCUGUGCGACCAGCACUGCGCCCCGCCGGAGCCGGCAGCGGCGCGCGCGCCCGCCAGUCCCCGGUGCGCCGCCUGCGGCUCCGCCACGGUGCUGCCGGUCCCCGUGCCCAUCCCCGUGCCCGUGCCCUUCCCCGUGCCCUUCUGGUCGCCCGCGCACCACCACCACUUCAUGCAGGACGCGGCGCUCGGCGUCUCCGAGCUCAUCUCGCCGCUCAUCUCGGCCGCCGCCGGCAGCACCGUCGUCGCCGUGACGUCGACGGGCGCCGUCGUGCAGUGCCCGCCCGCCGUCGUGGACGUGUCGGGCGCGUCUCCGCAGCGCGCGCUCGCCGCCGUGCCCGCGUGCGAGAUCUUCAUCCGGCACGAGAGGGCGCACGACGAGCUACCUGCCACCGUCGCCGAAAUUAUCUCCGCGCCGGCGGACCGUCCGCGCCGCGAUCGCGUUUCGCUAUCAGAGGGCGAUAGCGCCGAUAAGGCCCGCGCCGAUAGCACUGACGACGCCGUCCGUACCGUCACACGCGAGUCACCACCGCCGAGGCGCGUCUAG